AUGAAUGCGGGUUCUACAGGUGGAGAAAAUACCGUCCAAAAGGACACAGCCUCAGAAAUGCGUCUUAACCUACAGAAUGACAACGGGAACAUGACCAAGCUAAAUCUGCAUUAA